GUCAUAUCUACCUAAAUGGUCAACUAAUGUUACGAUGCAUUCGCGAAGUGGUCUAGCUGCUUUGAAACAUCCAUGACAUCAUGAUUCAGGGCAUUCAUGUCGAAAGGUGCGUGCUAUCAAACCCCAGGCAGAUAGUCGUACCUUUUGGACCCCAUUUUCUAGACCGGCCAGGCAUGUGCGCAGCCAGGCUGUACGCCUGACGUGUUCAACAGUACAAGGUGGUGGCGCGGUCAGAUGUGAAGACCACAAGGCUGCGCUGGCUGUGUCUCGCCAAGGCCUGCAAGCGCCUGCUCAUGGGCAUGCAACUCUGUGGAUAGGCGACCCUUCGGUUCCCGGAUUACUCUCACGAAUUCUUCUCUACAUUUCUUGCACAAUUGUUUGCGAUUUUUCGUCGUUCGACAAGUUGUUGCUUUUGCGGCGGUCAUUUCUUAGGGUUGUUGUCUUUUUCGGCAUCAGUAGUCAUGGAUAUCAGCCCACUAGGUGUGCUGAGGGCAGUUAUUCCUGAACUACCACGUAUCGUCGCGGCAGUAGGCGUCGCUUUGCUGCGAAUUUUCUCAUUUGAUAGGAAAUGGCCCCAAGAUUUCAUAACCAACAUUAUUGUGAUCUUUUCGCGCCCAGUAUUAGGGACUCCAGCUUCGAUCCUCAAGGCACAGGGCCAGUGGAAUACGGACUUUGGAAUAUGGGGUCCCAUGUGGAUAUCGAAAGUUGAAUACCCCAAACCGGAAGAUUAUUCAGAGGGAGAGGAAAGUGUUCUGGGAGUCAAGGAAGCAGUGACGAAAGCCAUUCGACAUUUGGGAAAUGGAAUUAGCAAUGAAAUCGCGUCUGAAGUCGCUUCUGUCGAAGCCGAAUGGACGGGUUAUCGCUCAGGAGCCUUCUUCUUUCAACCGCGACCAAAUCUGUCUGAGAAGGAGCAUUAUGAAAAGAUGAUGGAUGAGAUCGGCGUCGAUUCACCAACCAUACUCUUCUUCCAUGGUGGCGCUUUCUGUUUGAUGGAUCCAUCUUCCCACCGACUGACGACUCCAUUUCUAGCCAAGGAAUGCAAAGGUCGUUGUCUAUCAGUUCGUUUUCGACUUUCGCCCCAGCAUGCCUUCCCAGCAGCUCUUCAAGAUGCAUUUGUCGCCUAUCUCUCUCUGCUCUCUCCCCCGCCUGGGGCCUUUCACCAGCCAGUCUCACCUUCGCGCAUACUCAUUGCUGGUGACUCUUCCGGUGCAAGCUUAGGAAGCUCCUUAACGCUACUUCUGAUGACGCUGCGACGGCUAAAUGUAACCCACAUCCGGUUUCAUGGCAAGGACGUAGAUAUCACUGGAUCGACGAAUGACCCAAGCGGAAAGCCACUGCCUCCUGUUGCCGGGUUGACCGUCGUAUCACCAUAUCUUGACGUUUCUCGAUCAUUCCCCUCCGUGUAUCGGAAUGCCCAAUGGGAUAUUCUCGCGUCUCCUCCCACACAUGGCAUACCUUGUCCCGAAUUCCCACCUGAUGCCAUCUGGCCGGCCAACCCGCCACGUAUUGAAACGUAUUGCGAAUCUAAACUGGUGAUACAUCCUCUUGUCAGUCCAGUGGCUGCUAAACCUAGCGACUGGGAAGGCGCGCCACCUGUCUUCGUGAAUGUUGGCUGGGAACUAAUGCAAGACGAGGCGGAAGUGUUUGCGAGACGAUUGAGUGCUGGUGGUGCGAAAGUAGUCUUUGAUGGCUACGAAGGAAUGCCGCAUUGUUUCCAGAUGAUGCGAUGGAGCUGGCAGGGAAGGCGAUCUCUCAAGAACUGGGGCAAGUUUUGUCGCGAUGCCGUUAAUGGAACGGUCGCUGAGCAAGAUUACGCAACUUGGACGACUCGGUUUAACGUUGUAAAGAAACUCCCGCUGGCAGAUUUGGCCAAGGAAGUAGAUGAGGAUGUGGUCGACGAGCUCCUGGUGGAGCAGAGAGAUCGCAGGAUACUUUUGGAGAAGGAGUUACGUCAGAAGCCCUGAACUCUCAUUUUCGAAGGUUGCAUGGAUUAGGAUAUACCAAACUUGUGAUAUCAUUAAAUCUAUAGACAUCAUUUAUCAUAGGCUUC